UGAGGUACUUCUACCUGCUCCCAACCUUGGUCCUUGCCGCGAGGGUUAUUGCUUUCCCCGCCUAUGGGUCAUUGGCCGGCCUCAGUCAGCGGGAAUUGGAUGCUAUAAUUCCGACACUCGAGGCUCGAGAACCAGCACCACCUCCUGGACCUCUGGAAGAUAGCUCUACCAAAUUGGUGAACGACGAGGCUCACCCGUGGCAACCACUUCAACCAGGCGACAUUCGUGGACCUUGCCCUGGUCUCAAUACUCUGGCGUCUCAUGGAGACCUUCCGAGAAAUGGCGUCGCAACCCCAGUGCAAAUAAUUAACGCCGCUCAAAAAGGAUUAAAUUUCGCCAACGGAGCCGCAAUCUUCGCAGCAUAUAUGGCAAUUCUUACCGAUGGCAAUCCCAUCACGGACUUGGUGAGCAUUGGAAGCAAGACGCCGCUCACUGGACCAGACCCCCCAUCCCCAGCUAUCGUUGGUGGACUUAAUACCCAUGGGACCUUAGAAGGCGACGCGAGUUUGACCAGAGGUGAUGCAUUCUUCGGCAACAACCACGAUUUCAACGAGACGCUGUUCGAACAGGUGAUUGACUUCAGCAACCGGUUUGGAGGGGGAAAGUACAAUCAUACCGUCGCGGGGGAGUUAAAGUUCAAGCGCAUUCAAGACUCGAUUGCGACCAACCCCGAAUUCUCCCUUGUCAACAAUAGGUACUUUACCGUCUAUGGAGAGUUACCGGUCACCCUCUUCGUUGACGGACGAAGGGGCGACGGCCAGUUGGAUCUAGACGUUAUGCGUGGAUUUUUCCAAUUUAGCCGUAUGCCUGACGGCUUCUUCCGUGCAAACGGAUCGAAAAGCAACGAAGGCGUCGACAUUGUCAGGCUGGCUCACCCUGUGCAACCUGGAAGAAACAUGGGCACAGUCAACAGCUAUACCUUUGAUCCAACAUCCGCCGACUUCUCCACGCCCUGUUUAAGAUACGAGAACUUCGUCAACCUAACGCUUCAGCCACUCUACCCGAAUCCGACUGGACAACUCCGCAAAGCACUCAACACGAAUCUCGAUUUCCUCUUCCGGGGGGUGGACAGGGCCCUUGGAUGUACCCAGCUAUUCCCAUACGGGAGAGAUCGAUGAC